UCCUCCCCACUCGCGCGCAACCGCAACCCGCCUCUCUGUUCUCAACCACCGCCGCGGGCUACCGCAGUCACCACCCUCGACGCCAAGGAGACGCCGCGCCGGCGAUCGAGAACUGCCGAUGGACCGGCGGCCGGAGCUGCAGCGGGCCAUGACGCUCAAGGAGCAGCUCUCCACGCCCGCCGAACCGGCCAUCCGCGACUUCCUCAGGAUCCCGGACGACGACGACGACGGCGGCGGCGGCACAGAGGACAGGCCGUGCACGCUCAUGGACGCCAUCGACCGGGACGUUCGAGGCGAAGGCGGGGCUGGUGGUGCGAUCAACUGGAAGCCGCUGCGCCACCGGCUCUGGCUCCGCCGCGCCGCGGGAGCGUGGCACGCAGCGGGGUCGGAGACCGCUGCGGCGAACCGUGCCGUCCCGAGAAGCAGAAGCAAGUGCAACUACACGUCCGGUGAGGCGUCCGCCACGUUCUCCCGCGCGCCAUCGCUCCGCGCGGUGGUCGACGAUGAGGACGGCAGCGACGUAGAAGAGGAGGCGGAGGACAAUGAUUUACCGCCGCCGGCCGCGGCGUCGACGUCCCUGAUAACGCUGAUGGAGCAGGCCGACGGCCACUGGGACGAAACGGGCGAGGACGGCGGCGAGUCCCGGUGCGGCUCGGUCGAGGACAACGACGAGGACGGCCAGGGCGAGCGGCGCGAGGAGGACGAGGAGGAGGAGGAGGCGCAGGUGUGCUGCGUGUGCAUGGCGCGGCACAAGGGCGCGGCCUUCAUCCCGUGCGGCCACACCUUCUGCCGCCUCUGCUCCCGCGAGCUCCGGCACACCCGCGGCAACUGCCCGCUCUGCAACGUCUUCAUCCAGGACAUCCUCCACAUCUUCUGAGUCGGAUCGUAUCGUUUAGACUUUGAAGCACAGAAGUAAAUUUGUUCGGAAUAAUGACGGCGGGGAACGAAUGUGAAUUUUGGAACAGUUGCUACUGACUGAUUACGAGCCGGGACAGAGACCGUGUGGUACUGUGGUGUGACUGUUCUUGUUCGGAUGCGCAUUAAUAAUCUACGCACAUGUGGAAGACUA